AUGUCUAUAGAGACUAAGUCUUGUGAGACAGGGUUCUGUGCCGAGUGGCUGCCCCUCCAUCGCAGUUCACAACAGGAUCUGGUUCAUGCGGAUCAACCGAAAGAGCUCUUCACAGAAAGUCACUAUUAUGCCAUCGCGAUCAGAAACCUCUCGUCCACGCUACGGACUGACCGAAGUGAAGUCCCUCCCUCGAGGGACCGCUCCAAGUGCAUUCCCAGAGAUUUACUGCCAGACGUGAUAAAGGAUGCAGUUAUCUUCACCUGGGGUUAUAAUGCCAAUAUUGAUGGGCUCUUCACGGCUGGCUCCCAGAAUACAAUGAAGCAGUAUGCGGAAAAUCUCCUGGCAGACAUUGCGGAUAGACUGGCGGAUGCUGGACCAAAACCCACUGCGUCACGAUUUAUCAUCUUCGUCACACAUAGUCUCGGUGGCUUGAUUGUCAAAGACGCCCUCAAUCAAUCCUCACGAAUUCAAGAAACGCGAUUGAAGAAUAUCGCGCCGCUCACGUUCGGUAUCUGCUUCUUGGGGACCCCUCAUCGAGGCUCGUCGAGCGCUUCCAUUGGAAAGAUAGCCUACUCAGCCACGCGGGCAGCCACGCGAAGACCGAAUACGAUGCUAUUGCGUGAAUUGGAGAAGAAUUCGGAUACGUUGGAUCGGAUCGGAUCUGACUUUCUGCAAACAAUUCGUGAACACGCUCUUCACAUUUACUCGUUCCGGGAGGAAUAUGAAACGAGAAAGUUUCUUUUCUUUCAUUCAGUUGUUGUAAAAUCGGACUCUGCGAAGAUCGGCCACGCAUCGGAGGAAGUCAGUAGCAUCCCGGCAAAUCAUAGCAGCAUGACGAAGUUCCAGGACAAGGAUGAUAUUGGAUUCAAGCGUGUGAGCGCACAAUUGAGUCGUUGGGUGGAGGAGAUCAGGAAACUGGAAGAUGGCGAGAUCGCCAACCAAGUGCUUGAGAGCUUGAGUCAUCGAGUCGCUGGAGCACGCAGAGCGGAAAUCCAUGUUAAGUACGAGUCAACGCUGCAGUGGUUGUUUGAUCCGAACGAGGUUGCGUUUAUGGACUGGCUCGGCCAAGGGUCGGAUUAUCCUAAAAAAAUCUUCUGGAUUCAGGGAAAGCCCGGCUCUGGAAAGUCAACUUUGAUGAAAAUGGCCCUCGAGGAUGAGAGAACUGUAGAGCUUCUGGGGAAAAGCUCGCUACGUGAACAUUCGGUGUCGAGCUCGAUUUCAAGCAUAGAAUCUUGCAAUUCUUUUGUUCAGUUUGGUAAGAGCAGUGGCUUGCAUCAUAAUGUACAGUCUGCUCCGGUUUGGGUCAAGGCAGGCUUCUUCUUCCAUAAUCGUGGAGUAGAUAUGCAGAAGUCACUCAUAGGAAUGAUGCAGGACCUUCUCUUCCAGGUGCUUGAGAAAUUCAAUUCUCUCGUGGAUCUGAUUUAUCCGAUUUAUGUGGACCUAUCCAUCAAAUACCAGACAAACCGGCCCCCGUGGAGUCUAACAGCCCUACACCAGGCAUGGACGACCAUCUGCAAGCAAGAGAAAAUCCAGAGCCUUCGGUUGAUUUUGUUCUUAGAUGCUCUCGAUGAACACGAGCCAUCGGCUGAUGUGAACAACGAGAGGCUGGUUGCGCUCAUCACGGAGCUCGCGGCAAUCAAAAAUGAGAAUACUGUUGUCCUAUUCUGCAUUGCCAGUCGACCAUGCACAGCCUUCAAAACACAUUUUAGGGGGCAUCCCGGCUUUAUUAUGCAGGAUCAUACCAAGAAAGACAUUGAGAUAUACACUCGGCACCGUAUACUCCCUAAUCUUGACAGUGAGUCGGCCUCAUCCGUCAGAUGGGGCUGUCUCAUUGACAGCAUAGUGGAUAAGGCAUCUGGAGUGUUUAUCUGGGUCAGGCUGGUUGUUGACGAGAUGAUAAAGGCUGUGAAAGAUGGCACACCGUUUACUGACCUAGAAGAACAACUGCGACGAACACCGGACGAGCUCGGUGAGCUGUACUGGCACGCUAUAAAGCGAAUUGAACCCGCAUAUCAUUUCGAGGCAUAUAUAAUAAUUCAACUUGUGACUUAUGCACGGAAGCCACUGCUCUUGGGAACUUUAUAUGAAUGUGUGUACUAUUUGAAGCAUGGGUCGCAUUCCGACUACCCAGCAUCGACAGAGGAAAUGCGACUCUUCCUCAGCAGCAGAAGUGGGGGGUUACUGGAAACCAUAUUUCGAAAAUCUCCGCAAACCGUACUUCAAAAAGUCCUGGCAGGCAAUGAGGAUUCGAGUGCUUUGCGCAGCCAGUCGACGAUGGAGUACGUUCAACCAAUCCACCAGACGGUCAAAGAUUUUGUCAUUAGGAACACCAAGCAGUGGCCGAUAGAACUUGUUCAAGGCGGAAUGGCGCCCCUAACUGGAUUUCUCUAUCUGCUCAAAUGCGCGACUAAAAGAUCCAGACAUCCAAGUACGAACGACCUUCAGUCGGAUUUUUUACACUACGCCCGACGAGCUGAACUUAUGCCGGGUCAUCUAUCCCCAUCGGAGGUCUCCCAUCAUAUCAAAAGCGCAUUCCACGAGUUAUUAACUCCCAAUGACUCUCAACAGGGUAUACAGAGUUGGUCAGAAAGCCAUCAGGUGUUCAGAGCAUUCCCUGUUUUUCAUUUGUCCAAGGUCCAUGAGAACAUCAAUUCGCUCAUUCUGUUAGCCGUGACAACUGCAGCAGGGAUAGGAUCAUUUCCCGCACGUUUCAAAGAUGAUUCAGGUUUCGUUCGGGAGCAUCUGAAAGAGGCUCAUGAGCAGUAUGCUGCCUCUGCCGCAAUAUGCUUACCAGACGAUGGGAAUGCCGAGCCGCUGGAGGCACUGAAGGCGGCAGAAGAAAUCCUAGAGUAUCCCUCACACAAGGAAGCCCUAGAUGCUAAAUCAAAUGUACCACUUUGUUUUUCUAAGGGCUCCACUUACACGAUUGUCAACCUAUUGAAUGUCACACCACUCAGUUCUCUACUGCUCGCCAGUAGUUGCACACGUGCAUCAAGUGAAGGUCGCCUUCAUGCUGCGAGAUAUCUUCUUGAAUCCGGUGCCGAUCCACAUUCGGAGAUUCUUGUGGAUUGGCCCGCAGACAGACUUGUCUUCAUCACUGUGCUCGAUUUGAAAGCAGCUCACUGGUGA